AUGGAUCUGAUGGAUGGAUUCUAUCAGAUCCUCAUGCGUGAACGGGACAUCCCUUACACAGCAGUGAGCACCCCCAGUGGUAUGCUCUGGGAGUGGCUAGUGAUGCCACAGGGGCUAAGUAACGCCCCUGCAACGUUUAACAGAUGUGUUACGAAUCUGUUGCGAUCGGUGCGCGAUUUUGCACCGAGUUACUUUGACGAUGUCUUCGUCCAUAGCCGGGCUAUGGAUGGAAAGACGGACGUGGAGGUUCAUAGAAUCCACGUCCGGAAGGUUCUUACACUUAUGCGAGAGCAUAAGUUGUUCGCGAACCUCAAGAAGUGUAUAUUCGCAGCGAACGAAAUACCACUUCUUGGCUGCAUCGUGGGUAACAAUGGUCUAUACCCUGAUCCAGAAAAGAUAAAGGCGAUUAGCGACUGGCCUGUGCCAGUCGACGUCAAGGGACUUCGAAAGUUCCUUGGCUUGGCGGCUUAA